ACUUAUUAACUAGGUUUUCUUCUCUCUCUCUCAUUCUUCCUUCCCCGAAGAGAUGGGUAAUGAGGACAACAGCUUCAGCGUUGAGGGUGGAUUCCCGGUGGGCAUAAAUCUACAAACACGUCUUCUUCAGUUCAUAGAAGACCGAAUGCAAACUACUAUGCUAACUGGGAUAGUAAUUGGCGCUGCAGUGGCACUGUCCCUUAUAGGGAUUUUUGUGUGUAUCGUUUACAGAAAGGUGAAGCAAUCUAGACAACUUCAGCCACAAGUGCCUCAAUACAGAUUUCGCAAAAGAGACAAAGUAAUGUUCUAUGGGCGCAAGAUCAUGAGAAAGGUGACAACUCUCCCAAACUCUCUGGUUGGGAACAUGGUGCCUCGCCAAAGGAUGCGGAAAAGAGCAAAGGUUUUGUCUUUGGCUAAGAGAAUUUUGCGUUUUAAGAAGGAGUCUCCAACUCUGCAGCCAAAGGAGCCUCCUCCCUCCCUGCUGGAAGCAGAUCUAACUGAAUUUGAUGUGAAGAAUUCCCACUUGCCAUCAGAAGUCCUGUACAUGCUUAAAAAUGUCAGGGUUCUUGGCCACUUUGAGAAGCCUCUCUUCCUGGAGCUGUGCAAACACAUGGUUUUUGUGCAACUGCACGAAGGCGAAUACAUCUUCCGUCCUGGGCAGCUGGAUAACAGCAUCUACGUCGUGCAGGAUGGCAAACUCGAAGUGUGCAUUCAAGAAAGCGAUGGCACUGAAGUGGUCGUCAAAGAAGUGCUGGCAGGGGACAGUGUCCACAGCCUCCUGAGCAUUCUUGAUGUUAUCACGGGUCACCCUGCUCCAUAUAAAACCGUUUCAGCCCGAGCAGGGACACCAUCCACUAUAUUGCGACUUCCAGCUAGUAUUUUCCAGGAUGUCUUCCAGAAGUACCCCGAAACUCUUGUCAGAGUGGUACAGAUCAUCAUGGUGAGGCUCCAGAGAGUGACAUUCUUGGCUUUGCACAACUAUCUCGGCCUGACCAUCGAGCUCUUCAAUUCAGAGAGCCAAGCCAUCCCCUUGAUAUCUGUGGCAAGUGUAACAUCUGGGGGGAGCUCAAACAAGGAAGUGAAAAGACAGCAGUCAAACGUAUCGGAGGAGGAGCGGGGAGAAAAGUUGGAGAAAGCAGGCGAUGCCUCAGAACCAGACGCGGAGAAGACUUCAGGUACAGAGAGUUCUGAGAACCUUCCUAGAAGAAGAUGUUCUGUGACAGCCUCUUCUGGAUCAGCAGAGAGUCCGGGGGUCUCCAGUGGCACGAAGUCAGACUUGGACAUGGCAUACGAGAGAGCGAGGGUGCAUUUCAAGGAAGAUGAAGCUCCGACCAGCCCUGUUGUGAGCAAGUCAAUAUUGAAGAAGACUGUGACGGUGACAGAAACUCCCUCUGCGGUUUUUCAUUACCUAGAGGGUGACCUAGCUACACAAGACUCCUGUGCCAGCAAACAAGUUAAUGCCAUCUUUGAAGCUGCAAAGAAAGACCUUUUAACAUUGAUGAAACUUGAUGACCCCUCGUUGCUGAAGGGCAAAGUAACUCUGCAUCAGGUUACGGCUGGGACUGUGGUAUCGAGACAGGGAGACCAGGAUGUUCACAUCCGGUUUGUGAUCUCGGGUUUGCUUCAUGUGUACCAGCGGAAGAUCGACUCCGAGGAGGAGACCUGUCUCUUCAUCACCCAUCCAGGGGAAAUAGUAGGCCAGCUAGCUGUCCUGACAGGGGAGCCUCUCAUUUUCACCAUCAAGGCCAAUCGAGACUGCACGUUCCUGUCCAUUUCCAAAUCCCAUUUCUAUGAGAUAAUGCGGGUGCAACCCAGUGUAGUGCUGGGGGUGGCCCACAGUGUCGUGAAGAGGAUGUCCUCGUUUGUGAGGCAGAUUGACUUCGCCUUGGACUGGAUGGAAGUGGAGGCUGGACGAGCUGUUUACAGGCAGGGUGACAAAUCGGACUGUACGUACAUUGUGCUGAAUGGUCGACUUCGUUCUGUCAUCAGGAUGGAUGAUGGGAAAAAACAAUUGACUGGGGAAUAUGGGCGAGGAGACCUAAUCGGGGUGGUGGAAGCAUUAACCCAUCAGCCUAGAGCCACAACAGUACACGCAGUCCGAGAUUCUGAGCUGGCCAAGCUCCCGGAGGGAGCACUGACAUCUAUCAAACGCAAAUUCCCACAGGUUGUGACUAGACUGAUCCAUUUGCUGGGUGAGAAGAUUCUUGGAAGUCUUCAGCAAGGGGGUCAUCCCCUUGGGCUGCAUACCAGUGGCAGCAAAUGGGAUGCUGGAAACUCGGCCAGCAACCUCUCCACCGUAGCAAUCAUGCCAGUGUCUGAAGAGGUGCCACUUACGGCCUUCACUUUGGAACUCAAACAUGCGCUCAGCGCUAUUGGUCCUGCUUUGCUGCUCACCAGUGAGAAUAUCCGACAGCGGCUGGGCUCUGCUGCACUGGACAGUAUUCAUGAGUACAGGCUAUCUAGCUGGCUGGGGCAGCAGGAGGAUAUUCACCGUAUCGUGCUCUACCAGUCGGACGGCACCCUGACUCCGUGGACGCAGCGUUGUAUCCGACAGGCCGACUGCAUCUUAAUCGUAGGCUUGGGAGAACAGGAACCCACUGUUGGAGAGCUGGAGAGGAUGCUGGAGAACACAGCGGUCCGAGCCCAGAAGCAGCUGAUCCUGCUCCAUAAAGAGGAUGGGCCCCUCCCUUGCCGAACUGUGGAGUGGCUCAACAUGAGGAGCUGGUGCUCAGCUCAUCUUCACCUCCGUUGUCCCCGCCGAGUCUUCUCCCGAAGGAGCCUGCCCAAGCUGAUCGAGAUGUACGAGCGUGUGUUUCAGAAACCCCCGGACCGCCACUCGGACUUCUCUCGCCUCGCCCGUGUUUUGACUGGCAAUGCUGUGGCCCUGGUGCUCGGAGGUGGGGGAGCCAGGGGGUGCUCUCAAGUGGGGAUUAUCAGAGCACUGAUCGAAGCCGGCAUCCCCGUUGAUAUGAUCGGAGGAACUUCCAUUGGCUCCUUCAUGAGUGCCCUGUAUGCUGAAGAGCGGAGCUAUAACCAGAUGCGGAUCAAAGCCAGGCAAUGGGCAAUGGAUAUGAAUUCAAUGUUUAAGACUGUGCUAGAUUUGACCUACCCAAUAACCUCCAUGUUCUCUGGAGCGUCAUUUAACAAAGGCAUCAGCAACAUCUUCAAAGACAAACAGAUCGAGGAUCUGUGGAUUCCUUACUUCACUAUCACAACUGACAUCACUGCCUCAGCUAUGCGGGUCCACACAGAUGGUUCCCUUUGGAGGUAUGUCCGUUCCAGCAUGUCUCUGUCUGGGUACAUGCCCCCUCUCUGUGACCCAAAGGAUGGGCAUCUCCUGAUGGACGGAGGUUAUAUCAACAACCUUCCAGCGGAUGUUGCACGGUCCAUGGGCGCCAAAGUGGUGAUUGCAAUUGAUGUGGGCAGCCGGGAUGAGACGGAUCUGACCAACUACGGCGACGCGCUGUCCGGCUGGUGGCUGCUGUGGAAGAGGUGGAACCCCCUCGCUGAGAGAGUGAAGGUGCUGAACAUGGCAGAGAUCCAGACCCGGCUUGCCUACGUGUGCUGUGUCCGGCAGCUGGAGAUGGUGAAGAACAGCGACUACUGCGAGUACAUCCGGCCGCCCAUCGACCGCUAUCGCACUCUGGACUUCGGGAAGUUUGAUGAAAUCUGCGAAGUGGGGUACCAGCAUGGGAAGACGGUAUUUAACGUCUGGAGCAGGAGCAGCAUCCUUGACAAGAUGUUAAAAGACAGGCAGGAGGUCUGCAAAUCCAAAACCUCCGGUAUUGUCACCUGCCCUAGCACCUCCUUCACUGAUUUGGCAGAAAUCGUGUCCAGAAUCGAGCCGGUAAAGGCAGCUCUGGUGGACGAUGAAUCUGACUAUCAGACUGAGUAUGAAGAAGAAAUCCUAGACACCCAGAGGGAGGAUUACGCCAAUUUCCUAAGCAGCCAGCUGGAGGAGGAUUCUGACUCCGAUGAAGAUGUACAGCUAAGAAAACGCCUCAACGUCCCCAAGCAAGAGAGCCGAGCCAGCAGCACAGGGGAGCCCAGCUAAGCCCAGAGGAGCCGUCUGGACUUCUCCUUCAUGUGGUCACACGACUGUAGCUUUGCUGGCAACAGCCCUUUGGAUUAAGAGGUUGCCUGGUUGGGAUGUUGCAGUUCCUUGUCCCUCUCGGAUUGGGAUGGAGGGCGACCCAGCUGUCCUGGCAGGAGACCCGUCCUAUCGCAGCCCAGGAAGUGCUAGGGCGCUGCUCACGUCUCCAUGCCCCACGGAGAUUGUGCUGUGGGAACUGGAGCGCACUUUGCUCCUUUUUCCAGGUGCCGCUGUGGGUUGCGAGUGACGGGUGUCUCUGGGGCUUGCAGGGCCUUCUGGGAGUUCCCUGUGGGUAAAAGUGUGGUCAGAGGCUGCUUUGGGUUUGCGUUGCCACGGGCUGUUUGCUGUUCUGGCCCAGAAGGCUCCAAAAAGUGAAUAUUGGUGGAAAGUUUUUGUGCUGCGGUGGCUGAGGGGGCAAAUACACGAGCACCACCGAGUCCAGGGGUGUUUGUAUUUGUCACGGGAGCCCAGCAGUCGGUGUUAAAUCAACUCUGUUUAUUGCAGCUGUGUGAGUGGGAGCAGUGCUGUCUCGAUGUUGCUUGAAGACUUACCAGGAAAUCUAAAUGCUAAAAGUUAAUUACUGUGAAGGUUACUCGUUCCCUCAAACAUUCUGUAAUCAGGCCGUCUGCAGGAGCGUGAAAUGCUGGUGCAUUUCGUUGCUAUUUGCCAGGCAGGGUAACUUCCGUGGGGUAAAGGCGUCUGCCACCGAUCAGUUACCGCUGGGUGAGGGGUGAUAAAAUGCCACCGACCUGUGCAGCCCGUACGAGUUAAUGCCACAAAGGCGCACAGCAGCCAGGCAAAACUGCCCAGCUGUUGCGGGGCCCCACAAGGCUGCAGCCAUCUGACGUGGGGCAGUGCAGGCCCCUGCCCAGCAUGCAUUGCUCGGUCACAGUCCUGGGGAAGAAUUGUCAAUGCCAACCAUUUUUGGGGGUGCACCAGUAGGCCAAAGAUCUUAAGUCCCUUCCACUGAGCUCCGAACUGGCCGAGAUGACACGUGCUCCUGUGGAGACGCCUCCACCGACACCGGCAGCUGGAGUCCUUUUCAUACGUGUAUUUUACAAUAAAACUGCAGCAGAGAAAUGUGUCCUGCUGUCGUUCCCCAGAGAGUACAAGGAGGCGGGUGACUGCACCGAUCCAGUCCACGGGGUAGUUUGUCCACACACGGCUCAAACACAUGGACACGUUUAGCAUCCGUGGUUUGGAUCCACGGGGCAAGUUUGCCACUGAGCUCUGUACAGUCUCCAAGGGGGCGGGUCCCUUUUAAGGCUAGGCACCCACCUUCAUCUUUUGUGCAAGGGGGAGCCCCGUGGCUCUACUAGUCUGACUGGGCCCUGGCUUUAGUACCUGUUUCUGGCCGGAGAACUCUCAGCAAGUCCAGAAGAACUUGAACUCCUCUUGGAAACCUCCCCCUUU